AUGUAUAAAAUAUAUGUUAAUAAAUCGAUUACUAAAUAUCCAGAGGAAUAUCCAGAAGUGAGUACAGGAGGAUAUUAUCGUCCAAAAAAUUGCAAGUCCAGACAUAAGGUUGCUAUUUUAGUACCGUACAGGCACCGUAUAAAACACUUGUUUAUAUUUCUCUACAAUAUUCACCCUUUCCUUAUAAGGCAAAAAUUGGAAUAUAGGAUAUUUGUUAUUGAGCAAAAAGGCACAGAUGUUUUCAAUAGAGGCAAGCUUUUCAACGCAGGUUUUGUUGAGAUCAAAAAGUAUGGUAAAUGGCGCUGCGUAAUAUUCCAUGAUGUGGACUUGUUACCCUUGGACAAUAGGAUAUUGUAUUCAUGCCCGACUUGGCCAAGACACAUGUGCGCAACAGUUGUGGAAGUUAAGAAUCCAAAAUUUCGAUCUUUAUUCGGUGGCGUUUCUUCUAUGGAAAUGCAUCAGUUCCAACAAGUCAAUGGAUAUUCCAAUUUAUAUUGGGGUUGGGGGGGAGAAGACAACGAUUUGUUCUGGAGGAUUCGAGCUACAGGCUUACCAUUAGUGAGAAAUCGUAAAGACAUCGCUCGAUAUACAACUCUUAAGCAUUCAGAACAAGCUCCGAAUCGUCUACGAUUUGCACUGCUAUCAACAACAACGCAACGUUAUAGAAAAGACGGAAUUUCAAGUUUGAAGUAUAAAGUGGAAUCGGUCACGAUGCAUCAUCUUCACACUCAUAUUAUUGUUGACAUAAAUCCUGAUAAAAAAAAUACUACAAAAAUUAUAUCACGAUGGAUUAACUCCAGUUAUCUUGAAUAA